UACACAUGCCGUAACGCGAUACCCCAAUGAUGGGCAGACCAACCCAACAGAUUGACUGGGGCAGCCGUGUCUACGGUUGACAAACUCGUAGGUCUACUGCUGUCGGUAUUGUGUUGGAGUUAGUUUGGUAUGCGGAUACAUCCGGGCGAGAGUGUGAUAUUACAUAUAGUGAUUUAAUUUUAAAAAGGAAGCAAUUGACGGGAGUUAAACCUGUUGUGCGGUAUGCUACAUAUGACGUGUCUCGGGGAACUUCUCAGGCCAACUUACGCCCAGUGUUUCGGGGAGUAGACAAACAUUCUGUAAUUCCUGGCAGAGUGCUGAUUAGGGACGGCUGCCACUAAUCUUACCUCCUGUCACAUUCCAGCUGUGUUCACACUAUUUGGUCGUCGAUAUGGCAGACAAAGUGACAGAUGAAACACUUAAAGAAUGGCGGGAAGCGUUUUCAAUGUUCGACAAAAAUGGUGACGGCCAUAUUAACAGUACAGAACUAGGAACAGUGAUGCGGUCACUCGGACAGGCACCGACAGAUGAGGACCUUUUCAAGAUUAUCCACGACGCCGAUAACGACGGCAGUGGGACGGUAGACUUUGACGAGUUUGUGGAAAUGAUGAUUCGGUUUAUGAAAAACAUUGACCCGGAAACGGAAAUGAGGGACGCAUUUAAAGUGUUCGAUAAAGAUGGGAAUGGCUUUAUCAGUGCAACCGAGCUGAGAUAUGUAAUGACCAACUUGGGGGAGCGUCUUUCGGAGGAGGAGGUGGACGAAAUGAUCAAGGAGGCUGACAUCGAUGGUGACGGUCAAGUAAAUUAUGAAGAAUUUGUAAAAAUGGUGUGUAAAAAGUGAAGGAUUUCAACCGAUUUCGAAAAGGACAACAAACAAGCUUCAUUCAGCUUUAAAAACCAUUCCAUGAAAAUCAUGCACAUCCAACACUGAAACGUGAAAAGUUCAAGGUCACAAAUCAUGCAUUGCCACGCGGGAAGGUCAAAGGUCGCCGAACCAUGAAAUGAUGCUUUUAAUAUUCAAGGUCACAUAUACUACACGUUUUAAUCUCCAGGGAUUGGAAUUUUCCCUGAGAAGGAGACGGUGACCAUGCUUCGUUUGAACUUUGGUUGACCUUUUGGUGGCCUUUGGUUGACCUUUGGGUGGCCUUUGACAUCACACAUCGCUUCUUCACUGUAAAAUUCAUAGCCAUGCAUAUAUGUAACCUCGUUACCUGACCUGGUGUAUUAUCGCUGCUGCAAUGACAAUGCCGAGAUCCUGGGAACGAGUUUUUUCCUGCAUAGCGUCAUAUUCUUUUCCCGUCAAAGCGUAAAAAUGUGAGCCCUGGCAGACUAAUGAAGGAUGGCUUUGGUUUAAAUAUUAACAAAAAUAAUCCCUGUUUUAGUCAGAUCACCUGACGCUGCUGCUGUCAAUUAGCAGCUUUUAUGACCCACAAUUAAGUAAAUCUAUAUGAGUUUUCAGUGCUGUUUUGUAAACAUGAUAUUUCUGAUGGAAAUAUGGUUAUACUUAUUUGACUGUGAGACUGCUUCAUGUUACACACAUAAACAAACACGUGAUUUGUUUAACAUUAAUCUACAGACACAAUCAUCGCCGCCAUGUUAUAUUUAUUUCUUUACAUUUAUUGAGCAAUUUGGUCUUUCCUAAAUUAAAGUGAUAUAAAUCAGCGAGUUACCGAUUUUCAGCCCUUUUAUUUCUGGCAGAUGAUGAUGCUAAAAGGAAUGGAAACGAUCGGUUAUAAUUAUAUAGGUGAGUGACAACAGUGCCGGAAAAUACGAAACUGCGGCUGUUGUUGUCAGUAACAACAUUUUCCUAUAAUACACAUUACAAGAAAAUGUAAUUCAACAAAUUUUGAUUUUUGUUUCAUUUUGUGGAAAAUAUUUUGAUUUACUUCUUUUAAAAAAACAUGUUUGUUUAAAAUAAAAACUGGUAUUCGUGAAAGAAAUGUGGAAUAAACUAUACAACAUUUCCCUAAUUUUAUAUUGAGAUAAAGGGUAGCAAUCUGUUUCCAACUGCAUGAUACAAAAGCCAAAAUGCCAAAAUAGCAGAUAUGGUAUACAAUACUUCACAAAGUUAUAACAUAACAUCAAAAUACAACUAUAUACACUGUACCCUUUGUUUGGUGGGAUAAGCAAGGAACGAAUCGGCAGUGAGCGCGAUUCGUGAUUAAUAAAAACUUGUGACAUUAAAAU